UGCCCAGUUGGAUGAGACAGAAAGAGCUUUUGACCAAUUUUGGUCCAAGCAUCACCUAAAAUUAGAGCAGUGCUUGCAGCUCCGUCAUUUUGAACAGAAUUUCCGAGAGGUCAAAUUGGCACUGGACAACUUGAUGGAAGUGCAGGCAGCUUUCACAGAUAUUGGAGACAGUGUCUCUCGCGUGGAGCAUAUCCUGAAGGAGCAAAGACAGUUAGAAGAGAGAGGACAGGAACCUUUGGAGAAAGCCCAGUCCUUAGCUGUCCACGGAGAUCAGCUGAUCCAAAACAACCAUUAUGCAAUUGACUCCAUUAGACCAAAGUGUGUUGAACUCAGGCGCAUCUGUGAUGACUUUGCCAAUGAAACCAAGAAAAAAUAUGAUAUCUUGGGGAAAUCCCUCGAAUUACACAGACAGUUAGAUAAGGCUAGCCAGUGGGGUGAAGCUGGAAUCUACCUCUUAGCUUCCCAGGCUGUAGACAAAUGCCAGACACAAGAGGGAGCUGAAACUGCACUUUGUGAGAUAGUUAAGUUUCUGGAAACCCUAAAAGACCACCAGCUGCUGAAUGCCAAGGAGUUCUACAACCAGUUUGAUAUGAUUCUUACCCCAGAAAUAAAGAGCAAUGCCCAAAGAGUUCUACAGAAACUAGAAGAUGUACGAGAAAUGUUUGAGAAGAGACAAGUCAGCCUGAAGAAGUUGGCAGCAAAGCAGACCCGGCCAGUGCAGCCCGUUGCCCCUCAUCCCGAGUCAUCCCCCAAGCGAGCCUCUCCUAAAACCGUCCGUCCUGCCCCGUUGGCUACCAACAGAAGAUCGGUAGAAAUUCCUAGCCCUCCAAAAUCCAUCUCUGAUGCAGACUUGUCAAAAAAGAAAAGUGUAAAGAAGGCUAAAGGUGGAAUUAAGAUUGAAGUGAUGCAUGAAGCGAGUCAGGGAGGCUCCAGCAGAGUCUUGGUAAUAAGUGAAAGUGAAGAAAAUCUUUCCACUAGGAGAAGCCAUAUAAUAAAUGAACUCAUAGAAACUGAACGGGCUUACGUAGAAGAACUUCAAAGCAUAAUUGAGGGCUAUGCAUCAGAAAUGGACAACCCUGAUUUAAUUCACUUGAUCCCAGCCAUAGUUUCAAACAAGAAGGAAGUUCUUUUUGGAAAUCUCUCAGAAAUCUAUGAAUUUCAUAACAGAAUCUUCCUCAAGGAGCUGGAAAACUGCAUAGAAAAACCUGAGCUUCUGGGCUGGUGCUUUUUAAAAAGAAAAGAAGAUCUCCAGAUCUAUGAAAAAUAUUGUCAAAACAAGCCAAAGUCAGAAGCUCUUUGGAGGCAGUGUGGAGACAGCCAAUUUUUUCAGGAGUGUCAGAGGAAAUUAGACCAUAAACUCUCCCUUGAUGCUUAUCUUUUAAAGCCGGUCCAGAGGAUUACCAAGUACCAGUUACUUUUGAAGGAAAUGUUAAAAUGCAGCAAGAAUUCUGAAGGCACCGCUGAACUUGAAGAAGCUCUAGCAACAGUUCUUGAUAUCAUCAAGUCGGCGAAUGAUUCCAUGCACCAGAUAGCCAUUACGGGCUAUGAGGGAGAUGUGCAUGAACUCGGUAAAUUGCUCCUUCAGGGCUCCUUCAGUAUCUGUACGGAUCACAAGAAGGGACACAACAAAGUAAAAGAUUUGGCCAGGUUCAAACCAAUGCAGAGGCAUCUCUUCUUAUAUGCAAAAAUCCUACUUUUUUGCAAGAAACGUGAAGAAAACACAGAUGGUCAUGAGAAGUCUCCAUCGUACAGCUUUAAAAAUUCUUUGAAGAUGAGCACUGUUGGCAUUACUGAAAACGUCAAAGGUGAUAAUAAGAAAUUUGAGAUCUGGUACAAUGGCAGAGAAGAGGUCUAUAUCAUUCAGGCAGCGUCUAUGGAAUUGAAGAACACCUGGGUGUCAGAGAUUAGGAAAGUCCUAACAGGACAGCUGGAAGCUUGCAGAGAAGCAAGCCAGCUUCACCAAAGAAUCACAGAGAGCGUAUAUCACGCACCAAUGAAUGCAUCCAACUCCUCCAGGUAUGGCAGAAAAUCGAUGAGUUUGUGCGAAAAUAAAUCUGAACUCUCAAGCUUGGAGACGUCCAACAACCGGGACCGGAACGUGAGCCCCAGCACCAGGCAGAAAAGAGAUCCAGAGUCUAAAGAGAGAGAUGUUCCCCGUCGCUUUUCCUUGGCUUCCUCCAUCAACACCACAACUAACACAUCUGGUCUAACCAAAGGUCCCCUUGUUCCUGUAGUUAAAGUCAAGAGGCAUGAAAUCAAAAGUGAUCCAACUCCUCUGGGCUUUGAAGAUGCCUUUCAAAGCACCCUCUUUGCUCAAGCUAAGUCCAAUGCUGUUUCCUCUACGAGAUCGGUACCCAGAUCAGCUUCACAGACAGGAUGGCCUAGCAGACAGAUGCCGUCGCUAGAUACUUUUGAGGAUUUUGAAGCCAUUCCAUCCAGCGCAGAGGACCUUUCAAACUCUUCAGAUUUGGAGGAAGAUAGCCACCCUUCUCAUGGAUCCAAUCUAUACCGGGUAGAAGGGAGUUUUGACACUUGCUUCCCAGACUCUCUCACCCUAGAGGAUGGAGAUCUAGUGCAGUUUAUUCAGGAAGGCGAGAAUGGGCAAUGGUUAGUGAAGAAGCUGGUUUCGGAGAAAACAGACUGGAUACCUUCCAGUCUGUUACAACCAGUAGAAGGUGAAGCCCACAGCAUCUGCAGUAUCAGCAAUUCAGAUGUCUACAGCGAUAUGCACAGCACUGCAUCCACAAACUCAGAUAUGAAGGUGGGGGAGCUAAACAGAAGCUUAACAGCUGGACAGAAAGCUGGAAGCUGAGCACACCGGGAAGCGUUUCCUCAGGGCUCAAUCUUCUCUGUUUACCUGCCGAUGCUGGACCAAAUUGCCUUUUCCCCAAACUCUGGAUUUCAGAAUUCAAUAUUUUGUC